AUGAAAAACGGCCAGUAUUGUUGGGACCCUAAAAAGCUCUCGCUGGCGCAUUCUAAUUGCAGAGAACGAGUGCGGCGAGCCAUGGAAAAUGGGCUCGAUAGAAUAUUAGUAGAUAAUACAAAUAUGAAGAUAAUAGAAAUGGUGCCAUAUGCAAAGCUCGCGCUGGAAUUCAAGUAUUUCAUCAGAAUUGAAGAAGUAGCCCUUCCAAAAGGCUUUAAAAAUUGGUACGGGAUGAUUCCAGUUCUCGAGGAAAGAAAUGCGCAUAAUGUAAAUGGCGAAAUUCUAAAACGGCAAAUCGGCAACUUCGAGAAAUGUACAGUUAGCCAGCUUGUCAAAGCAGCCAGAAACCCAGGCGACGCGAGGUCGAAUCCUCAGAGUCCACCUCCAGCCGAUAGAAACAACAACCUUUCAAAUCAACCCUCAACCUCAACUUCCUCAAGUCCCUCUACGACCGGUCUCUUCGGAAAAAACUACGAAAAACUCGUUUUAUACUGCGAAAAAAACAAAAUGCGGCUGGAAAUUGACUCUCAGGAAAAUAAUAUAACUGUGCUGAAACUUUCCUAUCCAAGAGUCAAGCCCAUUUUUGAACGAUUGUUCAAAGGGAACUCAGUCGAAAACGCUGCAAACAACACACUCCAGCAAAUUCAAUAA